AUGACUUUCGGUGGUGCUUUUGGUCUUCCAAGUUCCAACCUUCUUUAAUUUGUGUACAACUACUACCUCUUCCUUCUCUUUCUCCGUACGCCAUUCUAUUUUCACUUUACAUUUCUUUCCUCUUCUUCUUGGAGGAAUCUCUAAUUGUUAUCCAUCACAAUUUUGUUUUCUAGGUUAGCUGGAUAAGCCUUUAAUUUCGUCAAAGUGGAGCCUUUCAAUUUUGUGAAAGAAGACAUUGUGUUGAAAUAAUGACAGUUGGCUCCUUGAGAAUAUAUAUGGGCUAAGUUGAGUAUUUCAUGGGAGGUGUAGACGACAAUGAACCCCCGUUGAAACGUCCAAAAGUUCCCUUGGGAGAUUCAAAUAGCUUCUCAGGAGACUCAUUUCUUACACAGUCUGCUGCUUGCUCUUUGGGAGACUUGAUGGCUAGGCCUCUACCCUCCCAAGGGGAUGAAGAAGCGGUUGGUUCAAAAGGAGUCAUCAAAAGAUCUGAAUUCAUCAAAAUUAUAACUAGAGCAUUAUAUUCACUUGGAUAUGAUAAGAGUGGGGCCCUUUUAGAGGAAGAAUCAGGAAUACCAUUGCACACUUCAGUGGUUAAUUUGCUUAUGCAGCAAGUGAGGGAUGGAAAAUGGAAUGAAUCUGUGGCCACACUGCAUACAAUUGGGGGUUUAGAUGAAACAACUGUAAAAUCAGCAUCUUUCCUGAUGUUGGAGCAGAAGUUCCUUGAACUUCUGAGAAUUGAUGAAGUGACUGAUGCUUUAGAUACUCUUGGGAAUGAAAUUGUCCCUCUUUGUGUCAAUGUGAGCCGAAUUCAUGAGCUUACUGCCUGCAUUGUCUCUCCUUCAUGGAGUGCAAUUCUUGGGCUUUCCAGCCAUGAUACUGAUGUUGCAAAGUCACGGUCAAAGAUUUUGGAGAAACUACAGAGGUUAUUUCCUGCAGCAGUCAUGAUACCUGAAAAAAGGUUAGAACAUCUAGUCGAGCAAACUCUUGAUGUGCAACGAGAUGCUUGUGUGUUUCACAACACUCUGGAUGGUGAUUUGUCUUUGUAUUCGGAUCAUCAUUGUGGGAGAAGGCAGAUUCCUUCUCAAACAUUACAGGUACUGCAAGCACAUACAGAUGAAGUUUGGUUUUUGGAAUUUUCACAUAAUGGGAAAUACCUCGCUUCAUCAUCAAAAGAUCAAUCAGCAAUUAUAUGGGAGGUUAAAGAGGAUGGCCGUGUUUCAUUGAAGCAUGUACUAACUGGUCACCAAAAGCCGGUGUUGAUGGUUUCAUGGGGCCCAGGUGACCAUCAGCUGCUCACAUGUGGACUGGAGGAGGUCAUCAGACGUUGGGAUGUUGCUACAGGGGAAUGUGUCCAUAUUUAUGAGAAAAAUGGUGUUGCCCUAGUUUCCUGUGGAUGGUUUCCCGAUGGUAGGGGGAUAUUCUCUGGUAUGACUGACAAAAGUAUCUGCCUGUGGGAUUUGGAUGGAAGAGAGCUGGAAUGUUGGAAAGGGCAGCAUACACUUAGGAUAUCAGACAUGGCUGUGACUGAUGAUGGAAAGAGGAUCAUAAGCAUUUGCAGGGAAACAGCAAUACUGUUGCUUGACAGGGAGGCAAAAUUUGAGAGAUUGAUUGAAGAGGAGGAAGUAAUCACUUCAUUCUCAUUGUCAAAGGACAAUAAAUUGCUACUGGUCAAUCUUACAAACCAAGAAAUUCAUCUUUGGAGCAUAGAGGGUGAUCUGAAGGUCGUGGCCAAGUACAAAGGUCACAAGCGUGCCCGAUUUGUCAUUAGAUCUUGUUUUGGUGGAUUUGAGCAAGCCUUUGUUGCAAGUGGGAGUGAGGAUUCCCAGGUCUAUAUAUGGCUAAGAGGUUCUGGGGAGCUCCUACUGACACUGCCUGGGCAUUCUGGAGCUGUUAAUUGUGUGAGCUGGAAUCCUACAAAUCUUCACAUGUUGGCUUCAGCCAGCGAUGAUUGUACCAUUCGAAUAUGGGGUUUAGAUCAGCUCAAUCUGAGAGACAGAAUCUCAGAGAGUAAUGACGGCACUCACUACUCUAAUGGAAGAACUUGAAUGAUUUUCUAUACAUAAAAAAUUUAUUGCCAUUUAUUGUAUUUUUACUAUGUUAAAUUCUUGUAGAGGGUGGAAUAACAAUAAACAUUAUAUAACAACAAAAGGAUUACAAGAAUCAGCUACCAGAGUAACCGGUGCUCAACCAAGCCACCUCUAAAGGCUAAUUGUAUUUGGCUAAAGUUAGAAGCCAAAACCCAUUGCCGAAGCUUGUGAGUUGCUGUAUUUGCACUUCUCCUUGCAUUCGUUAAGCUAUGACAGCUUAUUUUCCGAAGUUGACCACAUUGAUUAAAGGCUCAAUAAGAUAUGAGUUUAUUUUUCAGCUCAUAUCAUUAGUUAUUA